AAAUUCACAGUGUUUAUUAUUUGACGUUUCAUCAUUUAGUAAGAAAAUUUUUGCGUUAUCAUAAUGCCUUUAUAUCACGAAACUUUGUCAAUUGGAUGAAAAACAUUUCUGUGUUAUCGGGAGAAGAUGGUGUAGUGUGUAGUAGGAUCAGCUGCCUAUAUGGAAGAUUCACAAAACGGUGGCCAGGAUGCAAUGAGUGCUAAUAGCAAUAACAGCCUAACAGUGCUAAAUUCGACUGCAGUCCGCCCCUCCACCACCACUAGUCAACCUUGUACUUCCGAUACUCUAGCAGCACCACCGGGAGCAGAGUUCAGUACUGUUCCGAGUCUCUGCGUUCGCAACAUAUCUGCUACAUCUAACAUUACCGAUAAGUCCGAUGAUAAUCUAGAUUCGUGUAGUCGGUCAAGUGAUAGUGGAAAUUUGGGUGCCGCUGGUGACUGCAAACAGGAAAAAACCAUCGAAAAAAGUAGAUCUCAGAAAAAUCUCACCGAACAAGCGAAGAAAACUCCCUGGUACAAUGCAAUUUAUCCCUCCUAUAAAUCACGUACGGAGGAAUUCAAGAAGCUGUUCAAGGAAGCGUCCGACGAUGAGCGGUUAAUCGUGGACUAUUCGUGUGCUAUUCAGAAGGACAUUUUAAUCCACGGUCGGUUGUAUGUCACGCAGAACUAUCUGUGCUUUUAUUCCAACAUAAUCGUGUGGGAAACUCGCAUUUGUAUUAGGUGGAAGGACGUCACAUCGAUUAGCAAAGAGAAAACAGCGCGAGUCAUUCCGAACGCUAUUUCGGUGUGCACUGAUAAUGAGAAACAUUUUCUCACCUCGUUCACGUCUCGCGAUAAGGCAUAUUUAAUGCUGUUUCGAGUGUGGCAGAAUGCGUUGAUGGACAAACCGAUCAAUCCGCAGGAACUUUGGCAAUGGGUUCACACGUGCUACGGAGAUCAACUCGGGCUGACCAGUGACGACGAGGAUUAUAUUGAUCCGUACGAGAAAAAUUCCGAGAGUAUUAUCCUGACCAAGCAGUCAUCCGAAGAGCUUCCCAGGGAACUGACCGAAAACUCGGACGAAUCGAACGCCAUGAUGGUGUCGAAAGAAACUAAACCGAAGAAAGUGGUUCAUCAGAAAACAUCCUUCAAUGCGGAUGGUAAUCUCUCAACUCCCGAAAUGCUUCCAACGGAUACUUCUGAUUCAACCGAAUCGGAAAAAGAGGAAGAAUUUUUCGCGAGUGUCGAAUGCAACUCGUUGCAUUCGGGGCGACAAUUGGUGCAUACUAUUCUACCCAUAAAUGUGGAUAUUUUAUUCGAACUAUUGUUUUCCAAGUCUAAAUUUCUAACCGAGUUUCAUAACAGCAGAAAAACAACGGACAUGAUCCAUGGCGAGUGGAAGGUCAACAAGGAUGGACUGAAGGAACGCGUCGUUAGCCUAACGAUUGCCAUUACCCAAACCAUCGGUCCGAGAAGCGCACAGGUUACGGAAACUCAGGUGAUGAGAGAGUGCAGCAAACCGGGUCAGCUGUAUUCCAUCGAUGUAAACGCGGUCCAGGGAGGCAUUCCCUACGCGGACAGUUUCUACGUAACCCAGCACUACUGCAUGUCCAAAACGAAAGAUGAUCACACGGUUCUGUCGGUCCAUGCCCAGGUGCAUUACCGGAAAAAUAUAUUCGGAUUCGUCCGGGGGUUUAUCGAGAAGAACACCUGGGUUGGGCUGGAGGAUUUUUACAACGCGUUACUUCGCAGCCUGCAGAGCGAAUAUUGUAUUCCGCCAGCGAAAAGUAAAAGCAGGAGAUCUCGUAAACCAAUUCCGUCACAGCAUACCAAAGUUAUCGAGGAACCCUCGCAACGAAGUGUGCCACUUCCGAUUGCGGCCGCAAUCGGCUCGAUAAAGACCACGAACUCGAACGCUUUCUUCUCCUGGUUUGUGGUGGUCCUGUUGAUCAUUUUGCUAUCCAUAAAUGUUGCACUCUACGUCAAACUUUGGAACUUGGAGGGGGAAAACGAAUUUCUGUUUAUAAAUAGCAAUGCUUUCGAUAGGAAAAUGUUAAAGAAUCCACCCCAAACGCACGGCGAUUGGAUGGUUUUGUUGCACGAACAGGAAACGAAACACGCAAAAGAAAUGGUCAAAUGGCAGCAAGUAUUAAGCACGGUUACGGAUUUGUUGAAUAAAGUUAGCAGUAUUUGCGAGAAUAUUCCAAGAAAUGUUACAGAUGACUUCAACAUUCACGCCAAUGAUGAAUUGUAGAAAUAAAAUAAAGCAAAAUUUAUUUAGAUUCAGCACUAUCUGAUAGUAGGCAACCAUUGGUAUCCUU